CACCGCUGGCCUGCCGAGCCCUACCUGAGGCGGUCGCACCGUCGCGGGGUCGCUAUGGACCACACGGGCAGCUACUACAUAGGGCAGCGCGUCCACGGCAGAUUGGAGGGGAAAGGCACUUACAUCCUUCCAACAGAAACUAAAUACAUUGGUGAGAUGAAAGAUGGAAUGUUUCAUGGCAAGGGCACUUUGAACUUCCCCAGUGGAAGCAAAUAUGAAGGAACUUGGGACUGUGGAAAAGCCAUAGAGGGGAAAUACACUUUUGCAGAUGGCUUGGAAUACAAAGAUGACAAGUGGCAUUACUGCGAUGGUUAUGACAGACGGUUUUAUACAGAAAUAUGCAAUGGCCUGAAGCCUGCAGGCAUUUCUCAGCUUACAAAUUUGGAUCCUCCUCGGACCAUUCCAGAUGGCUGCUAUGACUGUGGCAAUGGUUUCUACAAUCCUGAAACCAGGGUGGUGAUCGAUUAUAAACACCGAUUUCUAAGGAAUGCAGAUGAUGACGAACAUGAGCAAAUCAUCCGUACUUGCCGAAAAGGUUGGGAUCAGAUCGUUGGCUAUGUACCGAACCCAUGAGCCCCUUCAUGGAAGCAAAGAAUCACAUGCCCUGUUGGUGUCUAACUUCCUUGUUGAAUGGUGCAGCCACUAUAAUUUCUACAUUAAGGUAGUUUUUGUUACCUUUACUAAGGAAAUAAAAUGUAAAGCCUCACUUCA